AGUUGUGAUCUUACUUUGGACAGCGGUGGUUGUGCGCGUCUUGUGAUCCCGAAUUUAACUUCUUAAGACCAAACUCUAUAAAAAAGAACAAACAUUAGGUAAAAUUACCUUUACCUACUCUAUAUAAGUACCUUGUGGAUAAUUGCAAGAGUUUUGCUUGCAAUUUAAUGUGGAGAAAUGUGGAGUGAUUGUUUUGGUAUGUGCGAAUAGUUGCGCGCGCAGUUUACGAUCGGAGAGCGAAGAUCAACUACCUGUUGGAUCGCGCGCGCCUCUCUUAGAUGACGUGUGACUGUUUCCAGGAGGCAGCUGCCAAGAAUCUUUGCAUCGCGCGUUCUUCGAGUGGAAAAUUGCGUAAAUCACAGCCUUUUCGCGUACAAACAGCAAGUCAGAAAGAUCGCGAUCUCCACCAUUAGCCACGAUCAACUGUGGUCGCAUUCUCUUCUGAAGCCUUCAAAUUGACUUUCCCACCCGUUUGUUGCUUUAAGACGAGAGAGGCUACAGGGGGAGCAACACAGGUUGUGUAUAGAAAGAAUUUUUGUGCAAUAUACAGUGUACGCGCGAUCCCCCUUGAGAGAUUGGCAAGAUCUUAAGUAAACAUUUUGUCAAUCCGUGGUGGUGUGAGUGGAAGUUGAGCGAGCUACACAGAGGUGAAUGUGAACUGUUGGAUAUUCCAAGAAUGUGAAUGGCAUGCACUCCCCCAGCUAACAAGCCAUGUGGACAUAGAGUUUUUGUGUGGCCAGGAGAGUGGGCAUGAGAAGAGAGAGAGGAUUCAUGCAGUGUCGGUGUGUCAAGGAUAGAUCGACGUAGACAAUAGUUGUGGAAAAUUUAUUGCGGCGCACCAAUCCCUCGCACUCCUGCUGCGGGCACCUCGCAACGCAGGAUUAAUUCUCAAGGUUGAAACUCAUCAUCAUCCUUGCGCGAGAGUCCAUUUCCUCAGCCCCUCGGAACCACCAUCUCUACAGACGCGACACACAAAGAGAACGCACCUUGUUCUCAAGAGAGGUAUUUUAUUCUUCUUGGGAUUCUUAUUUAAUAGUAGCUGAAUUGAUUUCUCAUGGGUGAUAAGUCCACCGGUAAAAGCUGAGUGCAUGGUCGUGUCUCACAGGGGGAAGCCAAUAAUGACUCUAUGAGAGUUACUGAUUAGAAGAGACAAAACUAUCGGGAGGCGACAUAAAUUAUUGGCUGGACCCUCCGCCACUCUUCACCACCGCCACAAUGGAGAGUAAGAAGCUGCAGCAACUACAGCAGGGCAAUACGCACAUGGCAUCACAGCCAAUGCCUCAAACAAAGGCACCAUCGUAUCACACAACUACGGAUUAUCGGCCACAGCAUUCACCAGUCUUCCAGAAUCAUCCGCAGUACCAGAGUUUAUCAUCAAAUUUUGCCCAAAUCAACAUGACCUCCCACCAGCAACCCCAUUUGCACGUUAAACCCAUCGGUCCUGGGGCACAGUACGGUGGGACGGGCUUCACGCAGCCCCAAACCCCGUCGCAGCAUCUCAAUCACUACCACGGGGAGCAGUUGUAUCAGAACAACACGCGAGAGCGGCUGUACCAUCAGGCUCCACUGCGGCAGCACUAUGCAUCAUCGCAUCAGCACAUAAACCCAUCGACACAGCUGCAGCAGCAAUACCAACAACUGCAGCAAGCUAAACUUCAAGCACAACUGCAAACCCAGAGUGAUGCACUGAUUCAGCAGCAGCGGACUUUUGCACUUCGUCAGCAGCUCAACCCACCUGUUCCGCACUACCAUCUCCAGAGUCAGACCUCCCUGAAUCAAAUCCCCGUUCAAGUUCAGCCACAAUCGCAGGCACAGAGUAUGCAUCGGAGUGCCCCGCCAUCGAGUCUAAACCUGACAAAUCAGUACCAGCCUGAUCGAACGGGUAAACUACCCCCGGAUUCGCAUUAUGGUACAACGCAAGCACCCGCUAAUCAACUCUCACCGCAAUCAGGUAAUGACGAUUGGUUGCUAAUGCAAAGCAAAGAGUCUGUACCAAUGCCAGCAGACUACUUUACAGGUCUUACCAAUGCGGCCUUGCUGCAGAACCACAAAGCUCAGAGUCAGGCGAUUUACCAGCAAAAUCAACUCAUACAGCAACAGAUGAUCCAAAAUAAGCUGCAACAGCAGAAGAGUCCACAGGAUCAGAUAAUAAUUCAGCAAAAUAAUCCUGGUUCUGUUAUGAAUCAGGCUUGUCAGACACAGAUCUCCGGGCAGGUGCCCAAAGCGAAGCAGCAGCAGCAGCAAAAUGUUGAGAAGACUCCAUCACCCUCCCAUGCUCCUCUGGAUAGGAAAAAGAGCGGAGGAACACCGAUAGCGCUGAAAUCUCCCGUAACGAAGCGUCCAGCAUCGUCUCCGGUAACAUUGUCAGGAUGGCUCUACAAACAGGGAUCUGAUGGACUGAAAGUGUGGCGAAAGCGUUGGUUUGUUCUCUCAGAUUACUGCCUAUUCUACUACAAGGGCCCUGAAGAGGAGAAACUUCUUGGAUCAAUCCUUUUGCCAUCAUAUCGUGUGGGUGCGUGCUCACCUGAGGAUAAAAUCUACCGGAAGUACGCCUUCAAGUGUGAGCACGUCAACAUGCGCACGUACUGGUUAGCAGCUGAGACAGCUGAGUCUAUGGGGCAGUGGGUGAGAGCUCUUACAGCUGCUACAAUGAUGCAGUGCAGCAGUGAGUCAGAUCAGACGCCACAGCCCAGUAUGUCUUCAUCGCAAAAUCCAAGUGGUGAGAACAGUGACUCAGGGAUUCAUACGUAUCAGAGUCAGCAGAGUAAGAUUGGAAUACCUGGAACUGGGCAUGGCCCUCUCACACCUGCAUCUGAUGGCAUUGGUGGUGGAAGUAGUGCAGGUGGAAGUGCAACGGGUGGUGGACCGCAACCUCUGUACGCUAAUGCACCGCCCAAACCGAAGAGAGCCAAUGAUGGUGGAUAUUCAUCACCAAGUCCUGAACAUUCGGUUGAAAGAUACGACGGAGGCUUUGAUGGUCAACAUUUGGAUGCAAAUCAGAGGCGAUUGGAUGUAAAGUCUCCGCUUAGUCAUCAAUCACCUGAUUCCCUGUACGAGGUACGCCGGCAAAUGGCUAAAUCACCUGAUCCUGCACUCGCAUCGAGGAUGCAGCAAAUUCGACUUGAGGGUACUAAAUCACCAAAUGCUGCCCAACAACAAGUUCGGUCACCAUAUCCGAGUGAGAAUGCCUAUGGGCAGGAGCUCGGUCAGAAUCUAUUUAUGCGCCAGCACGUGCAUCCAAGUGAGAAUGUAGAGGAUGUCUAUGGCGGCAGGGAGAAUAUCAUUAGAGCUCCGCAUAGAUUUGACGACUAUGCUGGUAGGCAGCUGUACGGGGAGCUAAAUGAGCGUGAGAUGCAACUGCGGAUGGCACAGCAGAAGUAUCAUCAGAGUGGUGCCAUUCCCGGACAGCAGGCUCUCUACCCAAAUAAUGAGAGACGAACACCCGAUACUUACGGACGUUCCCGAUCGGGACAAGAUCGAAGAAAUUUCGCCGACUACGAAGACAUUUACAAUUUGCAGCAACAGGCAAUGGGUGACUUGGGGAGCUAUCGUCGUCCAAUGAGCCCCAUUGGUUACCAGAACAACAAAAGCACCCCCGGACGGUACACCCCAAAUUAUCUAGAGCCCAAUACUGCAGCUCAGCAUGUUCAGAUGCGUGCCCGUCCUGUUCAAUCCACCCUCAUACCACGACCCCAUUCAGCGGAUUUCCUCGAAUACGAAGCUCGUAGUGCAGAAGCUGCUCAGAUGCAGGCUGAACCAGCACGAGCCCCACGACCAAAGUCCAGCUUGGACAUCAAUCGUGCUCCAGACAGCUACUACUACUCCGAAGCGAGCUAUGCUGAGAAAUUGCGCCAGAGUGCUCUGUACCAGACAAAGCCAUCCACAAUGCCGCUGAGGUACAGUGGGAAUCCAUUUGCAGCCGAUAUGGCCAAUACGAUACCGCGGGAAUCAGACUACAAUCAACGAGCCUACAGGCAGCAGCAACAGCAGCAGCUGCAGAAGGGCUUUAUUAGUCAGCAACAAGAACAAUUCCUCAGAUCGGCAAGUGCAAGGCUCCCGCGAAAGGAAGAGGAGGCCAAUGGGAGAGAUUGUGAACGUCGUCGGGAAGAGUCAAUGAAGAGAUUGCUGGAGUGGAAGCAACGAAUGCUACAGUCACCACUAACACGCAAAGGUGCCACUUUGUCUGCCACAUCGACAAUGAAUCAGUCCAAGUCACCCAUCCCGAUGAAUUCAGGCCUCCAGAGAAGUCGCUCAGAGACACACACGAAUGCCGGCUACAAUAGCUACUCAUCCGAUGACGAAGAUGGGGCUCACUUUUCGCCGGCAGGAAGGUCGUCAUCCCCUCGAACCUUGUCCUCUUCUUCUGCACUCGUGUCACAAAAUGUCCAAAAUACCCCGGUUGCGGUAUCACAGCCGAAUAGUUGCAAUAAUAGUAGAAUAUUGCCACUCAGUGCCGAUACGUGUCAAUCACCCAUCACAUAUACGCCUGUCUAUGCACAAAAAUCCGUCACUGACACCCUUUUUAGCACCCGAACUGAUCCACCCUUUGGUGGAUCACUUUCACUGAAGCGUCAACACGAUGACGCCGCCGAUGGUAGCAUAAGCUCUGUGGAAAAUGAGAAAAAGAAUCCCGAUAUGAUUACGAAUCAAGCACCAUCAAGUACAAAUGUAACUCCCACCAACCCCACGGUAGAUGAACAAAGCUCCCAAAUUGAUGAGAGUGGUCCCAGUGAUACAGAUAAAGCUUUCGAGUAUACAGACGAUGAUCUAGAUGAGGCUCUCUUGGCAGAAAUUGAUCCAUCAGAUGCAAAAACCACCGAAAUGGAUGAACCUAAAACACCCACAAAUCCAAUACCAGGAACUGAGGAUUUCAGUGAGGGUCACUACCUCCCAAUGACUCCUAAAAAAUCCCUCCUCAGCUCAAGUGCAUCAGAAAGUAGUAUUGUUAAGACACUAACUUCCGUCUCUGGAGAUAAUUCCGAUGAAAAUACCUACGUUGAGAUGACUAAAGGCAAUAUGGAUUCAAUUCUAGCAGAUGAUGUUAAAUCCAACUAUGAAUUAAUGUGCCUAACGAGCAAUUCAAAGCUAGAACCUGAACCUGUCUACAUGGAACUAUCUCAGCUGAAAUCAAGCCCAAAAGAAGUAGAAGACGCUAAACCUGAUUUGGGAAAUAAGAAGUCAACAAUGAAAAAGUAUCAAAAUGAAGGGAGAAAGUUCUCCAACCGAAUGGAUCUUCCAGAUAUCCUAAAAGCUUCCCAGAAUGUCCUAAAGAGUGAUAGUUCUGAUGCCGAUGAUGAGGCAUCUAAGGAUUUUGAUGGAAUAGAAAUGAAAUCUAGAACAAGAUUUAGUCUAUCAGAUACCUUUAGACCUGCUUCGUACUACCUAGGAGCUAGUACAUCACUAGCUGAAUGUGCUGAUAGUUCAGACAGUGAAAUAGCUAGUCCACCACCAAUUCCAACAUCACCCCCACCAAUGGAAGAACUAAACACAGAAGAGAUUUUUUCUUCCGAGAACUAUGAUACAGUCAAGCGCAAGGAUAAGCAAACUCUCAACAAUUCAUACGAUCAGAUUCCUAAACUUAGUAGUUCGGAUUUCCAUUUGAAUAAGACUGAAGGCCAUAAGACAAGCCGUUUGAGUUUACCUGACCAAUUUGGGGGAAAGAAGCAAAAAAUUGAUAUUGCAAUGCCGGAUUAUAUUUCCCUAAGCACAUACAAUGUUGAGGGGAAAAUGUAUGCAGGCUCAGUUAACAGUUGCAACACUGAUGAUGGCUCUAACACGUCAUCAGACUAUGAUUUGUACAACAAACUUAAGUUGGAAUCUCCAUCCUUCAGUAAUGAUGUUUUAUACAAUUCCGAUACAUCCUUGCCGUCGAAGUACCAUCGUGGACCACGGCAGAGAAAUAGCGAGAGUGAGACUGACUCUGUGGAACUACGACAUACAGGAACGGGGGCAGUAGACUUAGAACUAGAACGCAGACUAAAGCGUCGUCCACUGUCUGAGGAUUCCUUCAGUGAAAUUGAAUCAAUUGAGAAUGAUUUUAGAGAAGCUAUUAAUACAGACUUGGAUCAGUAUUUAAAUAAACUAACCACCAAUAAUCCCUACAUAUACAACAGCAACGAACAGACCAAUUGGAUGCAUGAGAGUUUGAGUAAAAUUGGUGAUAUUCACUACAUCAAACCACCUGAAGUGUUUUGUUCUGAGAAUGAUUCCUUUUAUGAGAAUCUCAAUGCAAUGAGGAAGGAAGGAUUGGAAAAGGCAGGUGAUUCCUUCCAAAUUGGUCAGUUGGUAUCAUCAGCAGCUAUACAGGUUCCACUGAGACCUGAUAGUGCUCUAUCAAAUACAAAUGGGACGUACUACGACUCACUCGAGGAUAAACCUCAAGGUGAGGAAUUACCAGUUGUAACAACUGAUGCAAAUGUUUCGCCGCUAAAAGAGAAGAAUCUCAGCAUUCAUAAUGCAAAGUGUGAGUCUGAAGAUCUGAAGACUGAGUUUAGUAUUGAGCUCAGCAAUAGCGUUACACUGUCUUCGGCAGAUGUUGAUCAACAGAGUACCUGCACAGCUUUUGAUCUUACAAGACGAUCUCCAGUUCACAGCAGAGGUAAUAGCAAUGUUUCCGAUGGAUCAGCACCGUAUUACUACUCAGACCUAGUUUCAAGAUCCAAUCAAGAUAUCUCUUUGGGACAGAAGCUAAACAACCAGCGGGAUGUUGGAGUGAUGAGGAAGACAGGAAUCUCUCACAUUCACAAUCCUAUUCAUCAGCGUACCCCAUCGGGAGGGAUGGUGAAAGAGAAGCAACAACAGGGCUUAGCAACAUCAGAUGGAAGAUCAAUUUCUGCAGAGAUCCUCAAUGUUGCAACGAAGGAGCAAUUAAUUGAUAGGCGCAAUCUAUUUGGGGUUGAGCAACAUGAGAGUCGGAAGAUUGAAAAGAACAUUUGCAAGGAGGGUUCCUUCCCCACCAAACUCAAUUCCAAUGAAUUCCAUAGUCGGGUCAAUAGUGGUGAGCACGAAAAUGCUUCACGGGUGCACAAAGCUAACAACAAUAACACACACAAUGACUCAUCAUGCAAUUCUAACCCACUUGAUGGUACCUUUUGUAACAUGACUCCUUUGCAAUCGCCAGAUGUGUCGGCGGGUGAUCAGCUCUGGGAGGAGGACACCCUAUGGCGUGAGAGUCUCAGACGGGUAUCGCACCGUCAUGCCAGAUCACUUGAUGAUCUCGAUAGAAUAUGCCAUGCAAAGAGGCUCAUUCAGGACACCAAGUCCCGUGGGCAGCUGACACGGGAUGUAACGUAUGUGAAUGAUAAUGUUGCCGCGAGUACGCAAAGUCGAUCGAGUUUGCGUAAGAAGGUUUACCGGAAGAAAGCUUCCGAUCGCAAGGGAAGCAGUAAGCAAGCCAUUGCUGCAGUUGCACCAGCCGAUUGCGAUGAGAAUGAUGUUUACGUGCAGCUGGCUGUGGAUGAGCAGAGUGGUGAUGUGUAUGAGACUCUAAGGGAGGAUCGGGGUGCCUUCCUGCAGCAACGACCAAGUGAUGCUGAUCGUGAGAAAAUUCGGCAGUGGGAUGCAAUGUCGAGUGGCGCAGCCGGGGGUGUUUUGGGCACUUUGAACGACACGAAGGGCAUACGGGGACAACUGAGUAGUGGAUCCGAUGCGACUGACGCUCAAGCAUCGCUCUCAGUGCAGAAUGUGAAAAAUGUCCAAUCUCCGGGGCUAUCUGUAAAGCCAAAUGACGCAAUUGACAUCCAACGAGGCGGUCAUAUGAGCAAUAAUCACGAGGACCGGUACCCCGUGAACAUGGUGCGGGGGUACGAGCAGCAACAGGGGUGGCAUAUGAAGAAGAGUACGAGCCAGAGGGGGAUUGAUCAAUUGGAACGAGAGAACGCCAUGAGGAGUUUGGAUAUGUCGGCGGGUGAUUUACUGAGCCGAACCCAUGAAGAAUUGGUGCUGCUGCUCAUUCAGCUGCGAAGACAGAACAGCGCCACAGCCCGUGCCAUUGAGCAGUGCUGCACGGAUAUCCACGAUGUUCAGAAUCGCAUCAGAACGUCCGAUGGGCAAACAAAAAUGGACAAUAUAAACCGAUUGGAUGCGCUUAAGCAGCAACUUGUGGAUCUUGAGAAGCAAUACGAGAAGAGUAAGCCCCUUGUAAAUCUCGUGGAUAACAUGGUUAAGCUUGGUUCACUCUACCGUGGACCUACCAAUGUGAAUCGCCACGUUGGGAAUGAAUCCGUAACACUUGAUCGUCUGGAAUUCAAUCAACGUGUUCAGGAACGAAGAUUACUGCAAGAGGAGCGACGUCACUGGGACAGACUGAGUCCCAAUCACACCGAAUUACAGUCAAAGGUGCAACAACUUUACCAGUUGGAUCAGUUACUACAGGAAGAGUCGGGAACGCUGCAGAGCUUGCAGAGAGACAAGGAGGACCUAGAGAGGGCCUUGGGUGGACUAAGAUCUCGCAUGCAAAAUGGCGUAGGACCGCCAAUUGCAAUUGAAGCUGCAAGGAAGCAGCAGCAUGCUCUGGAGCGUGAACUGUCUCGUGUCCAUCAGCUCCUAGCUGAAAAUUCCAAGGUAGACCAGAAGCUAGAACAGACGGUAGCUGGAAAUGCUAGGUUGGAACAGGAAUUACUGGUGCUGCGUCAAAAGUUGCAAGCUUCCCGAGAUUCACGUGGUUCUCAGACUGCCCUCAGUGCUGGGAGUGGUAGUAAUGCUGGUGCUCCGGAUAGUAUCACCUAUGCUGGGGGUGCAACAGCUGUACUAGAAUCAGAUAUUUUAGAAUUGAGGCGAGUACAGCAGCUAGUUGGGGAUAUGCAGAGGCAGAGACAGGAGUUGAGUCAAGCUGUGAGGCAGUUGACAGAAAAUUCCAAUUCGCUAUAUCAGCAAAUCCGACCGAGUGAUCAUCAAUCAAACUCCAAGAAGCGCCCACAGAAUUCUUCAUGGAUGGAAACGGAUUUGGAUUCAAUGAUCAGUUCGGAUCACUCAUCAAACCAGACGGCUCAUAUUGAGCACGUCUCAACGAAUCCAUUCCUCAAUCAGAGUCUCUACAUCGACACAAAUUCAAUGCAUGGUCAGAAGACACAUGAGAAUGAUAUUAAAGCUUCGAAGAAUUUCAAUAAUCACCACGAAUUAUCCGAUGGGGUGGAAUCGAGCAUGGAUAGCGAUGAUCUCCUGGAGGGGAAUCAAUUGAAUGGGCUGUCUGUGCAGGAUAAGCAGGAGAUUAAGACAGUGCGCAUUGUGAAGAGGGAAAGUGAACGGAGGCAGCGUGAUCGAGAACGCACAAAUUCAUCUAGUCAGAAUCUCGAUCAAGUGCUUGAAGAGGAAAAUCAUUUGCAGGAGGAUUAUCUCAACUACGCCCGAAGCAAAUCCCUCCCUCGUGGGUACACUGAUCAGGGGUAUGAUCCCUUCAAGGGAGGUGAAUCCCUUAAGUCUCCAAGGGUAACAAGCAAGGGAAAUACAAUUUAUGCUCCUGGACCCACAAUUCCGGGAACUUCUGGAAAAUACUCAGAUUACUACAAUCAUGCUCAGAUGACAAAUCACUACCCAGUUUCCAUGACGGAAAGAACAGAAGAUCCAGCAAAAUAUUACAGUCAGAUGACGGAUAAAAAUUACAAAGCUACGUACGGAAGCACAGGCGAACUAGCGGGGCUAAAAGCAAAGACAGAAUCCAUUCAGAGCCUCACUAAAUCAAUCGGGGAACUCAGUCCGGUGUUCCAAAGCGAAGCAGCCAGGCAGAUUAUCUACGAAAUGUCCGGAAGUACGUCUGAGGAGAAUGGUGAGAAGGUUCCACUGGCGAGUAAGCACAGGAGAGCAGUGCCCAAGGAAAAGAGGAGGCACAAUACAGCACCGAGCAACGUCAUUGUCAAGACUAUGCAACAAAUUCAGUCAGAAAACGACAUGAAUCGCAAUAACACAAAUUGGCGAGCUCGAGAUGAUCUUGACAUGGAAGUUGCUCUACGACCACGCAGCAAUGCCCCUGAUGUUGUGAGGUCUGCCCUUGGACCACGGGAGAAGAUCUCCGAAAAUACCAUUGAUAAACUUCUAGCAGCUCCGAGUAAAAUCCUCAUCCCAGAGCGCUAUAUUCCUGAGCAACCACCAGAAUUGUCGCCAGAGGAGAAGAAGAGGCGUCAAGAGAAAGUGGAGGCAAUCAAGAAGAUGCUCUCUGAAGCACCCCUCAAUCCAUCGAAUGACAACGUGUCCGCUCCCCCGAGUCAAAUAAGUGCUGAGAAGAAGCAACGUGAGCAUUUACUGCAACUCAACCAAAUCCUGGCACAGCAAGUGAUGCAAAUGAGCAAGAUUGUUGCGGAAAAAGCCAUGGCCACGUUACCAUCGAAAGUAGCUGAACUCACAAAGAAUAUUCCUGAUGAUGACCAACCAUCUCCAACAGAACCACUGCCAUUGUAUCAACAACGGGAUAAUUAUUUUACUUAAAUUAACUAUAUAUACACAAGAAAACACCAACAAUAUUUCUACGAGACUCUUUUAUUGCUAUAUUUACUGUAUAAAUGACAAAAAAAUGGUAAACGAAUUUACAAGAAAAAAAAGUAAUUUAUAGUAAAGGAAACUAAUAGUGGAGAAAACUUUUUAUUCACCGAAUGGAGACACAAAUUUGCAAACUUUUGUGAAAGAAAUAAAACUUUUAGCAGAAAUAAACUUAUGGUUGUAGAGGUAGAGUGAUAAGAAAUCUUGACAAUUUAUCAAUAAUUAUACUUAAAAAAAAUCCAAUCUUGUGCAAAUAUUUAUAUAUAUUCGACCAUCCAGUUUUUCUGCUUGAGACAAUGAAUCAGACAUUCUUAGAAAAAUCCUCAAUUUUUAAAUUUUCAUUUUCUCUCUAGAACUUUUCUAUGCUAUCCACUUUUAUAUAAUAUUUUUAUGAGUAUUCUCCGUCCAUGAUCGUAGCAAUUUUAAUUUCUUCUACUAUCUUUCUCUUUAAAUAAUUUUAACAAUUUCUUUUUGAAUAAAAAAACCUACAAAAUAAUAAAAGAGAGAGAAAAUACUCUCUCAGUGCAAUUUUGCAUGUGUUUGUCGCUUCGUCUGAGAAGAGAAAAACACCAAAGAUGUGGAUUUAUGAGAUGCGAACAAAAAUAUUUAUAAUAAAAAUAAAAGCUAAACAAACUCCCCUUCCAGCAUAUCAAUAUAUACAUAAUCUUAUCACAUGAAUAAACAGCUUUACAAGUUUAUUAACAUAAGGAAAAUUGAGAAAAUGUUAUUGAACUAAAUAUUUAUCAAAUGCAGAGUGAAAAAUUUUAAAUAAGACACACAGAGAAAAUCCAAAGCUGGUGUAUAUAUACAUACAUAUAUGAGCCAUGAGAUAAGCUUCUUUUGUGAGCUUUUUUUAGGAGCUUUUCCUGCCUUUCGGCGGUGGAGAGCUUUUCAUGCAGAGUUGUGGAAUUUCCACGAGUGAGAAUUGAGAGCACGUGGGAUUUUCACGUGCGUGGGAAAAAUUAAAUCCCUCGCUCGAUGGCAUUGUAAACAUAUUUUUCGGUGCUACUGUUACGAAGAGAUCAAUUUGAGAGUUGAAUGAAUUUUAUUUAAUCUUCAUUUUGUUUGUAAAUUUAGUAGAACCCCUUCAGUAGACGCUAAAAGUGAACAAAAUACAGGAGAAUCUGGAAAAUAGUGGCUCUAUUUUUAACUUUUUUUUUAAAUAUUGGGUCGUUUCAUAAUUUUCAAACACUAGAACAUUAUGGGAUAACUGUACAAGCCUCUAAAAAAUUCCGCUGGAGAAUUUUCAUUCUAAUUUAUCGUUUUCAAUGCAUUAAAUUAUGUUGAACGAUUGAGGUUGAUUCGUAGCGAUUUAGAGCAAUUAUUAAGGUCCUAAUCAAGUUCUAAAACGGAUGUUAAUUCAAAUCAGAAUUUUUUUAAAAAUGCAAAAAAAAACCUCGAAAUUGGGCAGAAAGCUGAAUAAGAAUUUUUAAAGUAAGUUUCAAUGAAAAACCUUUAUUUGAGCCACUAUUUCUUGCACAAUACUGUAUGAGCUUUUAUCAAGUUCAGCAAGCAAAAAAUAAAUUCAAAAAUCAAUCAGUCAAUUUGAACAGUCAAUAGAAGACAAGACGAAAUACAUUCCAUGAAUUUCAUUCGACAGAAAAUAGCUUCCCUAAAAAACUAUUUUGUGACUUUUCGAAUCUUUCAAGUCAAUUUAUGCAAAAUAAAAAGGAUGCAAAUAUCAUAAAAAAUAAAUUGUACAUAAUACUCCCUGCUAUAUAGUUGAAAUGAAUCUCAAAAAUUUAAUUUGUGAAAAAUGAGAGAGAAUUUCCCUUCAUUAGUGCAGCUAUAUUGACAAGAAUCUCAUGUUUAUAUUAUAAUUUUGAAAAUUUAAAUAAGCUUAACAACAUAGAAAUUAAUUUGUUAAACGGAACGUGUGAAUAGGAUAGGAAGUGAACAGAUAAGCAACAAAUAUGCCAUCACAAAAUAAAAUGAAAAGGAUGAAUUUUUAAUUAAAAACUGUAAAUACUGAAUUUUACUAUAUUUCUCGAUUUAAAUAUUUAUAAGAACGUAAUGAAACCUCACAAAUACUUUUUUUUAUUUGUACAUUUUUGUGGAAUAACUUCACGCAUCUGCCAUCAGUUUUUUUUUAUUUUAGGAAAAACAUUUUAUUUUUAUUUUUAAUUUAGUUUGUCAAAUAGAUUUUAGUUUAAUUAUUUUUUUCGAAGAGAAAAUUAUAUUUAGAAGUGAAAAAAGAAAUCUACCAUAUUAGUGGAAAACCCUGUAUCUCAUUGUUUAUCUGGUGCUAAUUUUAACUGACAAGAAAUUGAGUACAAUGUCUCUUUAAGGAUUUGUUUUCUAAUAAUGUAGUUACAUAAAGAAUAUUUUAGCGAUUAAAUUCCCCAAAAGCAAAAAUGAAAGAAACGAAAAUUUUAUGAAGAAAGCAUACACAAUUUUGUACUUUUUAAUAUUUAACAAUUAGUAGAAGAUUUUUUUUCUAUAGAUAAAUAAGAAAUGAAAAAAAAAAAUAAAUGAAAUAUAUCUUGAAUAAAUAAAUACAGGACUUUUAUUCGAAGGAUGAAUUCGCAUGGAGAUUUAAGGAGAAGCUGUUAGUUUUUUUUCGUGGGGAAAGAAACUAAAAUUCGAGAGCAAUUUAAUUCAAUUAAAAGAAAUUCACUUAAACAUAAUUAUAGGUCGUAGAGAUAAAUAGAAAAAUGAAAAGGAGAAAAAAGCAUAAAUUCAGCAAACAUUUAUUGAGCGAGUUAGUGAGAAAAGUAUAUAUAUAUAUAUAAAUAAAUGUAGAAUUUAUCGAUUUAUAAAAAAAAAUUAGAGCAGUUCAAAUACUGAAAAAGUAUAAAUUAUGUAAAACGAUUUAAAAGGUAGUACUGUAAAAGUUGAAAAAAAAACCUAUAAAGAUGAAAAUAUUAAUGAAAAAUUAUAUAUAUAUUUAUGAGUUAAUGGUUGAAACAAAAUAAAAAAAAAAUGAAAUUCAAA